UAAUUAGUAGAAUUUCACCGGUGGACCCAACAUUUUGGCGCACUCCGUCAUUGCAGGCCAUUAAUUUUUGCAGUCAGGCGAGGGACUCUUUUUCUGACACACGUCACGUCUGUGGUCGACACACACGGGCUGAAAUACUCUGAAUCUGCAACGAAACGUACUUUACUUGAAGCAAAAAAAAAACCGGCCCUUGUACUUUUCUGAUUCUUUGUGAAAGUGCUACUUUUGUCACAUUUGCUUUGGGAAGAUCGAGAGCAUAUUGUCUGUACAGCAUUCCUGUCUUCAAGUAUGGCGUGGUUCACAGCAAGCUCUACUCAGAUCCUUGUCUCGAUCAUCAUCAAUUUACCUAGCUGCCAGGCCCUCUACGCCUCCUGCCCGCCUGGCUGGCUGAAAUGGCAGCAAUCUUGCUACAUCUUACUGCCGGACAAGAUGAAUUGGUUUGAGGCCUCGGAGGCUUGUAACCGGCCGGGAAGCAGUCUGGCCGUGCCCAACUCGCGGGAAGAAAACGACUUCAUCUGGAAGUCAGUGAGGCCACAGACUAGCGGUAUGUGGAUAGGCUGUACGGAUGCGGCCCAAGAGGGUAUCUGGCUGUGCGGAGGUCAACCUCUGUCUUUUCCAAAUUGGAAUCCUGGCAAUCCGCACACCGACAACCAGCGUAACUGCGCCCGAAUGACUGUGAACCGUGGCGGGGGCUCGUGGUCUGACAGCGUUCCUUGCGGUAGCAGAAACCGCAAACAUGCAGCCUGUGAGAUGACGGUCUCUGCGAUGCCAGCCUACCACAUCUUCACUGGUCCUGAUGGGCGUGUCUCCCAACGUCAACCUAUGACUUUUCCAAAUUGGAAUCCUGGCAAUCCGCACACCGACAACCAGCUUAACUGCGCCAGGAUGACGACACACUUUGGCGGGGGCCUGUGGUCCGACGAUGUUCCUUGCGGUAGCAGCAAGCGCAAACAUGCAGCCUGUGAGAUGACGGUCUCUGCGAUGCCAGUCUACCACACCUACACCGGUCCCGAUGGGCGUGUCUCCCAGCGAUGCCUCCUCAAUCACGACAUCAAGAAACUGGCGGCAGAGGGCUUGCUUGCCUGCGGCUGGGCGUGUCGGGCCGAUCCCCGAUGCCGCUCCUUUAAUCUCUGGCAGAUCAGCAAGAGAGAAAAGAUGUGUCAACUCAAUGACGUCACUCGUUUUGGGGCUGAUUGCAACGACUUCAAAGCAAUCGACAAAUGCUAUUACUUUGACUUGUAAAAUAGGGAGAUUUGAGCAGCUUCGACCGUGUUGUGGCAUUGCUGGGGGAAAAAAAAUUGACAUACAAGAACAAUUGGCAGA